UUAGUUAUUCCACUUAGAAUAACUUGUGCAACUUUGCUUGUGUCUGGGGGUCAUUAAAAGCCAAGCAAGCCUUUAAUUAUGAACUCUGAUUAUUGAGUAAGUAACCUUCACCCGGCAUGUCUGGAUGCUCCAUUUCCCCCGGCCCUUCACUUUAGCUUGAAUUCAUCAUCUGAUGAUCAAUGAGAGGAACCCUGCAUGACAUAGUUUUAAAAACCACAUCGAGCUGCCACCAAGCGAUCCACUUGGGGACGCAAGACCUCAUUCUUCGUGUUGGAUAAAUGCCCCACUACGACGUGACUAAAUAACUUACUAUAUGCACAGUAUUUCACAUUUUGCCAGAUAGGAUUGCGAGGUGUUAAUGUGUGCCUCUCAAUAGGCCCCAUUAGGGCAUUAUUCUAUCACGUUUUAGUGUGCAUUUUUUAAACAAAGAUACUCAUUGGUUAUCAUGCAUGAUAUCAAAUAUUUUUGCAGCAACUUCACAUUUUCGAAUGUCUUUGCAACACAUUUACCAGUUAGUUUUGUUUUCUAUGUAGGCUAUUUAAUUUGUUUAGUAUGGACUAUUUGAUUAUUGUGAUUACAUUGACAUUGAAGGUAUGACUAUAUUAAUCUUGAUCAGGACAUUUGCAAAAAGAAUGACUACGAAGGGUUUGUUAUUAUUAUUAUUAUUAUCAAUGAUGUGCAUUUUGAUCAUCCCAAGCUUAAUGUGCAUCUUGUCAAUGAAAUAUAUGUUAAUCCUGAGUGGGGAGGUGUUGUAUUAAUUGGUACAAGUGCCCCAGGCAGCCCUGCCUGCAAAAACCGAGGCCAGCAGCAUAUGAAGAAACAUCACAGACAGACCAAGCUCCUUAUUUUGCAUAUCUGAAAGUCCAAAUAAUGUAGACUUUUAAAAAUAGAUAUAUAUUUUUUAACCAUGUUCCCUCGGGGGCUGCAUGAAAUCCUCACUUAAAAGAAAUAAACGACAAUCCCCAUGAUCGUUUAGACCAGUUUACUUAAGACUUAAGAUGUGUGUUGAUUGUAAUUGCACAAUACAUCUUGAAUUCAAUAACAAGACGUGUUGUAUUUAGCAGGGAUUAAAUGUGCUGCUUUUAAAUUCCUACUUAAUGAAUGGCGCACUUUAUUAUAAGCUCCAAUAAAUUGAAAAAAACGUAAUUAUUUUUUCCUCAUUUUAGAUAGAAUGGAAGAUACACAUUUAUCCCACAUCUUAAUUAGAAAUGAUCUCAUUUUAUGAUCAACUAACAUAGAGGGCUUGGAAAGAGGUGCGUGGGGGGGGGCAUUUUAGUAUGGUAAUCACUCACCUGGGGCGUGUUGCAUUUAUUGACAGAUUUGAUGUUAAAUGUCACUUAGUGCUGUAUCUCUUCAUUUAUUACGUUUCCAUCUCUCUGUGCCUCACUGCCUUUGACCCUCCCGAGUCACACGAGCGGUUCUUCGUUUUUGUUUUUUUUUAAUGCAUGAUUAAUUUCUCAGUGGGGCGCCCGACUAAUGCAUUAUGAAAACAGUGAAAUGUAUUCCAAAGGGUCUAAUAGCUCUAUUGUAUUCUAAUAAGCCUUCACGUGGUUUAGUCACACUCUGCUUUUAACAACGCGAGAACACGAGACGUUUCACUAUUAUUAUAUUAAUAAGUCCUUUUGAUGUUUUUUUUGUUGUUGCACUUGUUAAUAAAGUCGAUACAUUUUCGCUUACAUGCUCUAACGCGUGACAGGAUUGCAAAACAUUUUAUUCACAUAAUGCACCUUGCCUUUUUUGCAUAUAUGCACAGCAACCCAACUCAUUCUUGUUUUUGUUUUUUCAAUUUAUAGUACAGCCUCCGCUGUGACGUCAUUCGUCUUGCAGCCACAACCCGCCCAGGCGUGGCACCGCCCCCACACGAAAGCGCGCUCUGUGACAAGGUUGUUCCGCCAGCAUGGACAAGUCUCAUCUUUCCAACCCCAAUGACAUCAUCAUGACAAGCUCAACAGGCCCAUACCCGCAGGAAGCUCUGACUCCGCCCAGGCCCGCCCACCUUCACUCAUCCUCUUCCUUGUCCUCGCCCUCUCCUUCGUCUUCCUCCUCGCCCCUCAAGCCCAAUCAAGUCGGCCAGGUCUUCCUGUACAGCGUUCCCAUUGUGUCGCUCGUCAUCGACAACAUCGAGAGACUUUGCUUGGCGCAGAUUUCCAACACGCUCCUGAAAAAUUACAGUUAUAAUGAGAUCCAUAACCGCCGGGUGGCCCUGGGCAUCACCUGCGUCCAGUGCACGCCCGUUCAGCUGGAAAUCCUCCGCCGCGCCGGCGCCAUGCCCAUCUCGUCCCGCCGCUGCGGCAUGAUCACCAAGCGCGAGGCCGAGCGCCUGUGCAAGUCCUUCCUGGGCGAGAACAUGCCGCCCAAGCUGCCUGACAACUUCGCCUUCGACGUGACGCACGAGUGCGCCUGGGGCUGCCGUGGUAACUUCAUCCCCGCGCGCUACAACAGCUCGCGGGCCAAAUGCAUCAAGUGCUCCUUCUGCAACAUGUACUUCUCCCCAAAUAAGUUCAUUUUUCAUUCCCAUCGCACCCCGGACGCCAAGUACACCCAGCCGGACGCCGCCAACUUCAACUCCUGGCGGCGGCAUCUCAAACUCAGCGACAAACAUCCGGCUGAUGAGUUAGUUUACGCGUGGGAAGACGUGAAGGCCAUGUUCAACGGAGGCAGUCGGAAGAGGGCGUUGCCUUCUGCCGGUCACUGUCCUUCCUUGGGGCCCAUGAAGCAUCCUGGCUCAGUGGUUCCUCACAUGAUGGGGGGGGACCUCGGUGCCCAGAAAAGAGCCCACUUUGAAGACGAAGAGGACCUGGAUGGAGGCGGUUUGUCUCCUCGUAAGACACCGCGGUAUCCCGUCAUUCCUGUCCCAAGCAAAAGCUUCGGGAUGCUUCAAAAGUUCCCCCCAACGUCGCUUUUCCCCUCACCUUACCCCUUCCCAGCAUUCGGCCUCUGCCAGCAGAAAAAAGAGGACAGCGAGGUUUCAGCCGGACACAAGGGGACGGGUUUGUCGGGUCUUUUAUGGCCCGGGCGUAAGGACACUUUUUAUCCUCCCUUUUGCAUGUUUUGGCCCCCGAGAGCAGCAGGAGGGAUCCCCAUGCCCACCUACCUGCAGCCUCAGCCCAGCCUCUCCUCCCUGGCAGACAACCCCUCCCUCAGGCAAGCCUUUCUGGAUCUCUCCGACUCCUCUGAACCCGGAGCAGCGGCAGGCACUGGAAAUGGUGUCAAUACAAACAUGACCCCCAGCAACGGGAGCGCCACAUCUAGGUCCGGUCUCUUUGACCCCGAUUGCACGAUGGUGACCCCUGACCUUCGGCCUGUGACGUCAGACAGCUGGCUGAAACUCCUGGACAACCCCACCCUCCAAACCAGGAAACCCAGCUACGGCUCGGCCUUCCGUCCCGUCAUCAAGGACGCAGAAAGCAUCGCAAAGCUUCACGGCAGCGGAGGAGGAGUCAACGGUGCUGCGGAUGAAGAGAUCGGGGUCAUCGUGGCCGGGUCAGACCGCCACCCGCGGCUCUCGCCCAGCAGCAGCUGUAGUUACGCCAGCGAAAGCGGCGGCGACGGGGAAGCGGAGGGAGGGGAAAGCGAGGAGGAUGGAGAGGUGGACGUGGAGUCCUCCAAGCAGGACGACGAAGACGACGAGGGGAGCUUCACAACCCGCCUGCCGCAGACAAACUUGUUCCUGCCUGCCGUGAGCAACAGCGCUGGGGAGGAAAGGGGGAAGGAGAGGGGGAGUGGCGCAGUGUAUCCCAGCACAUCCCCUCCCUCCUCCGUGGACCCCAUCCGGCUGGAGUCCCCCAGCCUGCCCGCCUCUUCGCCUGCCAGCCUGCCACUCUCCAGCUCCACCCCGCCUCACAGAGAAGACCCGGCUUUCAAAAAUGUUGACAAAAACAGAAAUGAAGGACUACCUGCCUACGCAACCAAAGACUCCACUAUUUCAGAUGAAAACAAAGAGCAGAACGUCUUCUUUGGAGCAGAGAAUGAGACGUCAGCACCGGACUCCUGGAGGGAAAGCUCAGGUGAUCAAAGUCAAGGGGCUGCGUCUCCUGUGUCGCUAAAGAAGGACGUGGAGAAUAUGGAGAAAGAGGAGCUCCAGAAGGUUUUGUUGGAGCAAAUUGACUUCAGGAGGAGACUGGAGCAAGAGUUCCAUGCUCUGAAAGGCACCUCCCCUUUUCCUGUCUUCCAUAAUUUCCAAGACCAGAUGAAAAGAGAGCUGGCCUACAGAGAAGAAAUGGUCCAGCAGUUACAGAUGAUUCCGUACGCAAACAUCAUUAGAAAAGACAAGAUCAGCUCCCAUCUUAAUAAGUAACCAAAAGGCUAAUUCAUCAAAGAAGAUCCCAAAAUAAUAAUAGUACAACAACACAAUGCCCCACAUAAAAUGAAAAGACAUGAUGUAGUAGAGUGUGGACAUUUCUCAGGAUUUCCUGCACCUGCCGUGGUUUUCCUGUCCCCCUCGGUUUGAUUUCUUCACUGAAAAAAAACAAAAAAAAAACGACAUCAGGUGGAAUUCACCAGUAAGACUCGUGGCUUGACUGGACCAGAAUCCACAAACCCACACUCCCCCUCAGCUCUCUAUACCACGGAAGUUGAACUACCUGAGAGGUUUUCUAAACAGAUGAAGAGUGGAGACUUGUAAAUGCAACUGGAAGUGGGGAGCGGUCAUCCACGCUAAUAUAGUCGCUGUUGUUACUGUUUUUGUAUCGCUGUGAUAAGAGAAGACAUAUCAACCUUUAUUUACUGUGAACAUUCUCACCCUAAACACACAGGAAAUGUUACCUCAAAACAACAUCAUUUGUCGUACUGUCAGCUGGAUGGUGAAGGAGGUUUUAUCACAGUUGUAUAUAUUAUAGAACCUGUAAAAUAUCACCACUAAAUUGUACAUAAUGUCCCAAGUGAGAAUAUUCAUCCUGGCAGUCUGUCUAAAUGUGUUUUGUUUGUCUUUUCAUGAGUAUUGGGGCCUCAAGACUUUGAACGUGAAUUAUUAUUUAUUAUUAUUCUAAACGUCGAUGAUGCUGUCAAGUGUAUUUCAUAAAGUGCAAAAUGAAAAAUGCCCCAUCUUGUUUAUAGGUCUAAACAAACGGAUAAAGCUGCCAUUUACGGAGAAAGAUGUUAUCGUUAUAAACGGCAGAUGUAUUUAAAUAACAUAUGUUCUUGUUCUCUACAAUUUAUUGUAUGUGUAAAUUAAAAAAAGCCUAUACAUACCCCUGGGGUGGUUUCCUGAUU